ACCCGUCUCCCCUUUGUUGUGGAUCGUGGUCGCAGUCGCGCCUGCGCACAGCACAGCCCGUCCGCCUACGCCCUCGGGCCUGCGGCGGGCUCAGCGUCGGUCCCGCCACGGCCGGGGCGGAUCGGGGCGGGAAGCGCCGUUUACCUCCCGCCAUCGCCCGCGCGGGGAGCGCCCGCAGCCCGGGGAGCGCUAUUGUCUGCGGGCGGCGCAGGCGCACGCGGCCCCGCCGCCGCCGGGCCCCGGCGCGUGCGCAGUGCGGCGCGGUGCCGCGGUGCCGUUAGCCGCCGCUAUGUGCAGGGAAUAACGCCGGGGCCGUUGCCAGAGGGACACCGAGCGCUCCGCCCUCGCUCCCGCAUCCCGCGGGAUGCCGGCCCGCUGAGCACCCGCUAGCGACGGCCCCUCCCCGGCGCGCGAGCCUCCUCGGAGGGGAUGACGUAGCUUUGCCAAGGAUUUAUCAGCUAAGCAGAAAAUGAGCUUAACAUCCUGGUUUUUGGUGAGCAGUGGAGGCACCCGACAUAGGCUGCCACGAGAAAUGAUUUUUGUUGGAAGAGAUGACUGUGAGCUGAUGUUACAGUCACGGAGUGUGGACAAGCAACAUGCUGUACUCAACUAUGAUGCCUCUACAGAUGAACACUUGGUGAAGGAUUUGGGCAGCUUGAAUGGGACAUUUGUGAAUGAUGUGAGGAUUCCAGAACAGACAUACAUCACCCUGAAGUUAGAAGAUAAAUUGAGAUUUGGAUAUGAUACUAAUCUUUUUACUGUGGUCAGGGGAGAGAUGAGAGUCCCUGAAGAAGCACUUAAGCAUGAAAAAUUCUCAAGCCAACUCCAGUUAUCCCAAAAAUCUUCAGAGGCAGAAGGAUCGAAACAAAGCAGCUCCAAAAGUUCAGAGUCCAAGGUAGCAGACUCCACAGCUGAAGUUCACCACAAAACUACUACAGAAGCACUGAAAUCUGAAGAAAAAUCAGUGGAUAUUUCUGCCAUGCCUCGUGGGACACCUUUGUAUGGGCAGCCAGCCUGGUGGGGUGAAGAUGAAGCUGAUGAAAAAGAUGGUUGUAAGCCAGAUAGCAAGCAUGAAGAAAAAAUGCCUGAGACAGGGGCUUCAGGAUGCAGCACAGAUGCCAAGCAAUCCGAGGAGCAAUCUGCAUCUGCAAAUGAAGAACUUUAUCCUUUCUGCAGGGAGCCCAGUUAUUUUGAAAUCCCUACUAAAGAAUGCCAGCAAGCUUCACAGGUAGCAGAGAGCACAAUUCAUGAAAUUCCCACAAAAGAUACCCAAAGCUCCCACGCAGCAGCUUCGGGGCACGCUUCCUUUACCAUUGAAUUUGAUGACAACACUCCAGGAAAAGUAAAGAUCAAGGAUCAUGUGACAAAGUUCGCAUCGGAGCAGCGUCACAAGUCGAAGAAACCUUCUUCCUGCAGCGGCCAGGACCUGCCGGGGCUGCAGACGGUGAUGAUGGCAGCUGAGAGCAAAGUGGCAGAUUGGCUCGCACAGAACAAUCCUCCGAGAAUGGUAUGGGAGCCAACGGAGGAGGACUCCAAAAGUAUCAAGAGUGAUGUUCCAGUGUACUUGAAGAGGCUGAAAGGGAAUAAGCAUGAUGAUGGCACACAAAGUGAUUCAGAAAAUAUUGGUGCACACCGGCACUACAGUAAACGGGCAGCACUUGAAGAACACUUAAGGCAUCAUCAUACAGAGCUGAAAAAGUCACACCAGAAAGUCCAUUCCACAGAAAAGCAGCAAGAGCAAGCUGGUUUGAGUCAGACUGCCUUUAUGAUUGAGUUUUUUGAUGAAGACCAUCCUCGCAAGAGACGUUCCUACUCUUUUUCUCAGAAUGUAGGAGCUCUGUGCCCAGAAUCUCCAUCUCCGACAUCUCAUGCACGAGCUGAAAGAGUGAAACCUGCAUCAGGAGAGAAAGUCCCUUCACCUGUGCAAGCCAGCACAUCACAUCACAGAGCAGUACAUGGUGUUCAUGCCAAACUUCUAAACCAGAAAUCAGAAGAACCCUCUGCUGCGUUACCUGCCUUACAAGCUGCAUUGUUAAGGAGUUCAGGAAGCCUUGGCCAUAGGCCUACUCAGAACCAGGAGAUGGACAAAAAGUUGAAGAGCCAACAUAUUUCUGCUGCUACUGAAAAGGACAAUGAGGAUGACCAGAGUGACAAAGGUACUUACACUAUUGAGUUGGAAAAUCCCAAUCCUGAAGAAGUGGAAGCCCGCAAAAUGAUUGACAAGGUAUUUGGAGUGGAUGGCAGCCAGGAUUAUAAUAGGCCUGUUAUCAACGAGAACCAGAAAGAUUUAGUAAAAGAUUGGGCUAUAAAUUCUGCUACAGUAGUGCUGGAAGAAAAAAGACCACUGAGUACAACUGGAUUUCUUGACACAGAGGAAGGUUCUGCUAACCCUGGAAGUAAACGUUGGGUUUCACAGUGGGCCAGUUUGGCUGCUAAUCACACACGUCAUGACCAAGAUGACUUGAGAUUGGAGUCCUCUGUGCCUGCUCCAUUAGAAAAUGACACAGACAUCAGUGAGUCUGGUAUUUCUGUUAGAAGUGCUGGUUCAGCUGCUUCUAUGGCCAGCCAAGGUGAGCGAAAGAGGAGGACACUUCCACAGCUUCCCACAGAAGAGAAAGUAAAUGAAAAUUUAAAACCAAAAUCUGUAUCUCAUCAGAGAUCAGAAAUAGGUGAAAAGCAAGACACUGAACUUCAAGAGAAAGAAACUCCAGCUCGUGCCUCAGAUGCUAAGUCAAGCAGAGCAAUGAAUGGUCUUUCACCCAAAGCUACUGGAGACAAAGUGUUUUCUUUUCCCAGCUCUUCUAGUAAAGAGAGGGUUGAAACUGGCAGAGAAACUUCUGUGGUGAAACAAGCUUUAGCAAAAAUUCAACAACAAGAAAGAAGGGAGCAAGGACACUGGACACCUUCAAAAUUAUCCUCUACAAAAUCUGCUGCAAACCAGAUUGAGAAAGGUAGGGAGGAGAUUGUUAUGUCACCCAAAACUUUGGAUAAUCAAGAAAAUGCUCCUGGACAUGUUACAGAUAAAGCAGAAAUUAAAUUGGCACAGAUUGAGGGAAAAAGAAGAAAAAAUGAGGAAAUCAUUAGAGGACAAAGUCCUAAAGUACUUGCAGGAGACAAAAAGGAAUCUUCAAAACCCUUAGUGAGGCAAGGUAGCUUUACUAUAGAUAAGCCUAGCACAAAUAUACCAAUAGAACUUAUUCCUCACAUUAAUAAGCAGAGUGGUUCUGCUGCCCCUUUAGUAUCUGCAAACAGGUUACGUGACAGAAGUGAUUCGAUGGACACUGAUUCCAGUAUAGACACAACACUAAUUUUAAAAGACACAGAAGCUGUAAUGGCUUUCCUUGAAGCUAAAUUGCGUGAAGAAAAUAAAACUGAUGAAGGUCCUGACACUCCUAGUUAUAACAGAGAUAAUUCCAUAUCACCAGAAUCAGAUGUUGAUACAGCCAGCACAAUCAGUCUAGUUACUGGUGACACUGAAAGAAAAUCCACACAGAAGCGGAAGAGCUUUACAAACUUAUAUAAAGAUAGAUGUUCCACUGGUUCCCCUUCAAAGGAUGUUUUAAAAUCUUCUACAAGUGCUAGAGAAAAGAUUGAAAAGAAAACUAAGAGUCGAUCUUCAGAUGGUGGGUCUAGAGCGGACGCUCGCAAAACUGUGCAAUCCGGUGGAAGAAUGAGGCAACCAUCAGUAGAUUUAACAGAUGAUGACCAAACAUCCAGUGUACCUCAUUCUGCCAUUUCUGAUAUCCUAUCAUCUGACCAGGAAACCUACUCUGGCAAAUCGCAUGGAAGAGUUCCUUUUGCCUCAGCAGAUGAACUUGUACAUUCCAAGAUGGAAGGAAAGUCAGCUAAAUCAAAAACCUCUCCUGUUGGACUUGGGCAGUCCAGUAAAUCUACCACUCUUCCAAGACCUCGUCCCACAAGGACUUCUCUGUUGCGCAGAGCCCGCCUUGGUGAAGUCUCAGAUAGCGAGCUUGCCGAUGCUGAUAAGGCUUCGGUCGCUUCUGAAGUGUCCACUACGAGUUCUACAUCAAAACCUCCGUCGGGGAGGAGAAACAUUUCCAGAAUAGACUUACUGGCCCAACCUCGCAGAAAUCGACUCGGCUCUUUAUCAGCACGCAGCGACUCUGAAGCAACAAUAACCAGGAGCACUGCCUCACCGCGUACCCCAGAAGCAAUCAUCAGAAGUGGGUCAAGGCUGAUCUCAGGAGGAGACAGCGCUAAAGUUUCUGCUAGAACUCGAGCCAAUAGCAUUUCUCGACUUUCAGAUUCAAAAUCCAAAUCCUUGGCUUCGGCUCAUAAUUCUCCCUCAGAGAAAUCCAAGCUUCUCCCAGACCCAGACCCUGAUGUUGAAACUUACAGUGGUAGAGUACUAGAAAUCAAAUCUGUUUCUGAUAUUUCACUUCUCAUUCAAUUUUUAGUUUUUAAAUGUAUUAUUACAUAUGCUCAUUGUACAGUGCUGAGUUGCUGAACUAUCUCACUUGAGAGAUUUUAACAUAAGUUUUAUAAUUAUUUUGAGGACUAUAAUUUGAACUGGGACAAAGAAUUUAAAUAAAAAUGGACGAAAAAAUGUGGGCCCAACUCAUAAAUCUCUUUGGACUUGGUCACACAUUGCUUGCAUGCUGUUGGUGGGAAAUGUACUUUUUCUGCUCAUGUUUUACUUCCCUAAGAUUGAACAACUUUGAAGCCUCCAAAAAAGAGAUCAGAAAGUGAUUGGAGAGACAUUGUCACUUUCUACAAUAAAGUGAGAAAAUUAAAAGAAAAAAGUAGAACUAGAUAUCAUUUGAAACCCACAUUUAAACCUGAAAAAUUUGCACAAGCACAUGUUUAUUUUCAGCAGUUGAAACUUCAUUAUUUGUAUGAGGGAAGGGAUGUAAGCUUAUACACCAGUGUCAUAGUCUACAUACUAUAAUCUUUGCAUUACACAAAAAUUACUUCCAUUAUUUUUUACUUAAAUUCAUAUUGGUGUAUGCUUCAUUUGUAAUGCUCGUUUUUUAAUAUAUCAGGAGAAAUCAUUAUUAAUUCUUGCAUUUUUUAAUACUAAAAAACCAGUUUACAUCAUUUGAUUCUAUUCUUUUUCAAUCACCAAUAGGUGGUCACACACUUAUUUCAUUUUCUGCAGUACUUACAGAGCCUCAUGAAUGUCAAUGAAUUUGGGGUAUUAAAUCCCCUGCAACAAUUUAGCAGGCUGUGGUGAUGGGGAUUUCUUUACACUUGGUGAUAUCUCUUCCUGCUGGAAAUGCCUGAGGACAGCACAUCUGAAAUCCAUUUUCUAGACUUCAGGAAUUCAUAAGGGGACAAGAGCCUCCUACUUAGUUCCAGUUCUCCUGUACUUCAGGCUGUCCUCAGCAACAUGGCUGUAUAAUGCUUUAUGUGCUGCAUAUCAGAAUAUAUACUUCUUUCUCUGAGGCUACUUUUCUUAUGGAAGUGCUACAGAUUUUUGUAACACAAUAUUAAUUUUGCAUAUUCUUUUUCUGUACUAAACACAUAAGCAUCGAAUCAUUAAGGUUGGAAAAUACCUGUGUGUCAUCUAGGAAUUUUACGCUUCCCUUAUGUAAGCGUGCAUUCCAGGCUUGGUGCCAGCUCCAUCCCUCCUUCAUAUCUCUUAAUUUUCUUUUUUGUGUAUCACAUAAACCUUGAAUGAAAUUUGGGAAAAAAUCUGCAGAAAAAGUGCAAUCUGACUAUAUACUUAAAUGUUAAUGAAUUGGGCCCUUGUUUUGUAAUACAGUUUAUUUGAGCUCAUAUACAAUCACUGGCUUUUACAUCUUACUUUACUCAUCACUAUACAAAGAGCAUUAGUUUUAUGUUUUUAUUAAUCAAUAUUUUUUAUUUAACACAAAUUCUGUAGCUUUCUUUUAAAGAUAUAGUAAAUAAACCUUUUGUGAGGUACCUGGGGAUGGAUAAUAAAUAGCUGUCUAUUUUUUGUGAUGUUACUGAAAUAAUGCUGUUUUCUCUUAUUAAAGAUGCCAU